AUGAAGGCGGCCGUCAAGUCAUUGUUGGUGCUCAGCAUCUACGCGGCCAAUGCGCUUAGCGCCCAGGCUGCUUCGCUCGAGCACCUCAACCUCUUGUUCAAAGCACGACAAGCUGAGGCCUCGAACCAGACCGACACCACCAACAUCAACUGGAACAUCAGCUCGUCCGACAACUCUGCUCUCGCACAAGCACCGCUUGCUGGUACCUUCUAUCGCGGUGGACCAGAGCUCGCUGACAUCAACAGCCCUUUGCACACAGUCACCGGAAACGGCGGCUGGGAGUGGGCUGUCGAAAAGGCGCGUGGCGUGGUGAGCCAACUUACGCUCGACGAGAAGGUCAACCUCACGGCGGGUAUCACUGGUGGUCGCUGCGAAGGAACGCUGGGUCGAGUCGACCGCUUCGGCAUUCCAGAGCUCUGCUUCCAGGACGGCCCUGCUGGCUUCCGUGCCUCCGACUUUGUCACCGUCUUCCCAGCGGGCGUCACCACGGCUGCGACAUGGAACCGCGACCUCAUGUACAAGCGCGCUGCUGCGCUCGGCGCCGAGUUCGUAGCCAAGGGUGUCAAUGUUCACCUUGGUCCUGUCACUGGUGGACCGCUCGGCCGCAGCCCAUUCCAGGGUCGCAACUGGGAAGGCUUUGGUCCCGACCCUUACCUUCAUGGUGAAGCUGCUUACUACACCGUAUCAGGCACCCAGUCGGCAGGUGUCAUCGCGACGGCCAAGCACUUCCUCGCCUACGAGCAGGAGACCUAUCGACAGCUCUAUGCCGCUUCGGACCCCUACACGCUCAACCCCGACAACAACACCGAACUCACUUACAGCUCAAACCUCGACGACCGCACCUUGCACGAGCUCUACCUCUGGCCCUUCAUGAACGCCGUUCGUGCUGGCUCUGGUGCUCUGAUGUGCGUUUAUAAUAGGCUCAAUAAUACUCAGGGAUGUCAAUCGAGCAAGCUGCUCAACACCAUCCUCAAGGAGGAGCUCGACUUCCAAGGUUUCGUGGUGACGGACUGGUCUGCGGCGUUUAAUACCAGCAACACGUACAAUGGCGGCUCGGAUGUGGUUAUGCCCGGUGGAAUGACCGGAGGUUACAAGAGUUUAGUGGGUGGCUCGGAGCUCGUCCGUGCGCUCAAUGCAGGGGAAGUCAAGAUCGAACGCAUCAAUGAUGGUAUCACACGUCUGCUCGCGCAGUGGUACCUGCGCGGUCAGAACGAGGGCUACCCGACCGUCUCGUACAAGGACGGCUACCAGAACACUCUCUACAACGGCAGCGUCGUCAACGAGCACCGUGAUGUUCAGGGUGAUCACUGGAAGAUCGUCAAGGAGAUCGGCGAGGAAGCUGUCACGCUCAUCUACAACAAGCGUUCUAACGAAGCCGGUCCUCAGGGCAACACCGACUUUGGCCUGGGUCUGCCUCUCAGCAAGAAGUCGCGCGUCGCCGUCUUUGGUAGCGACGCCGGACCCAACCCGUACGGCAUCAACGCUUGCCAGUCGUGGAUCGGUCUUGGCUCCCAGCUCUGCCCUGCGAACGCCACCUCGAACGGUACGCAGGCAGUCGGCUGGGGUUCGGGCGCUGGUUUCUUCCCCUACCUCAUCGACCCUCUCGCUGGCAUCUCCGAGGUUGCCAAGGAGAACCGCGGUGCAGUGCUCAACAACCUCAACGAUGUCGGUGACGAGCAGAACCAGAUGCUCAUCCGACAGAACGCUGGUCUUGCCGAUGCCUCGCUCGUCUUCGUUCAAGCUCGCUCGGGCGAAGACAGCGACCGCCACUCGCUUCGUCUCGACGCCGAUGGGGAUGAGCUGAUCAAGCUCGUCGCUUCGCAGAGCAACAAUACUAUUGUCGUGAUGCACACGACCGGUCCCGUUCUCAUGAGCGACUGGUUCGACCACCCGAACAUCACUGCGCUCGUUCUGCCGCAUUUGCCUGGUCAGGAGUCGGGAAGCUCGCUCGCCCGUGUGCUGUACGGCGACGUCAACCCAUCCGGCAAGAUGCCCUACUCGAUGCUGUCCGACGCCGACGCCGUGCACUACCCCAAGAUCGUCGGUGGGCCCGCAAGCGAUCCCCAGGUCGACUUCUACGAGGGGCUCUACAUCGACUACCGCGCAUGGGACAAGAUGGGUCUCAAGCCACUCAUCCCCUUCGGCCACGGCAUCUCGUACACCAACUACACCUACUCGAAUCUCCAGAUCCAGCGAUCGGCGGAAAACUGCUAUGCGCCAAGCGAGUUCAACGGCCAGUUCAAGAGCGACAAGCAACCGGGUGGACCAGGAAGCCUGUUCCAGUACCUCGUCGAGGUGACCGUCGACGUGAAGAAUGUGGGCGGCAUGCAGGGCGAUGAAGUGGCCCAGCUCUACGUCGGAUACCCCGAAGCGGCAGAUGCGCCGAUCAAGCAACUUCGUGGAUUCGACAAGGUGCAGGGCCUCAAGCCCGGAGGUAGCGGACAGGCAGAGUUCAAGCUCGCCAAGCGCGACUUCAGCGUCUGGGACGUCGUCAAGCAGAAGUUCGAGGUCGUCGAUGGAGAGUACAAGAUCUGGGUCGGAAAGAGCUCCAGGAUGUCGGACCUGACCCUCAAGGGAUUGGUGACCAUGAAGAAUGGCAAGAUCGCCUCGAUCAGCUCCUGA